AUGGCGAACGUUCGGGAUAGUGAUACAUCCUUGUGGCUUCACAAUAAACUCGGAAUUUCGAAUGAUUCGUGGACAACUGGUUCAAUUUGUACACAAUUAAAUGCUGAAGUAUUAAAAAAUAUCAAAGAUUGCUUCCCGGAUUUACAAACACAAGUCAAAUUGAAAUUGUUGCUUAGUUUCUUUCAUAUCCCGCGCAGAAAUGUUGAAGAGUGGAAAAAUGAACUGGAAGAGAUUAUUGAAGUGGCAGGCGUGGACUCCGACCUCUGGGUUGCUAUGCUUGCUGAAGUGCUCAAGACAUUCCCCUCUGCAGGAACCCUUAAUACAGAGAUAGCAGAGUUUGAUGAGACAAGACCAAUAUUCAGUGAUAUGAUUAAUGAGCUCAGGAAGCUAUUGGCCAAGCAUUCAGACCUUGGACUGUUACCACUUGAGUGCCUAUAUCUAAAUAAAAAUGCCUUAGUUUCAGUGGUGGGACAACAACCCAAUCCAGUGAAACAUUUUACACUAAAACGGAAACCCAAAUCUGUAGCUUUAAGAAGUGAGCUGCUGGCAAAAGCAGCUGAAGUUCAAGCCAACCAAAAGAAAGCCCAAGCUCCCACUGUACCCGUUAGAAGCAGGGGAAUGCCACGUAAAAUGACAGACACAACUCCACUAAAAGGCUUACCAUCUCGGUGGACUGCGCGACCCGUUCCACAGCCCGUACCGAGACCUACUCCGCCACCCAGGGCUGGAAUUAAGCUUCUAGAUAUCACGGAACAGCCUGCCACACAUGCCCAGAUUAAAAAGAGGAGAAAGUUAGAAAUGGAAGAAGGUGUGAAGAAACCGCCACCAUCAACUUCGCCGCCACCGCCUGACUUCAAGAACAUCAAGACAGAGGAGCCUCCCGCACCAAGCACCACCGAACCAACCACUGAGCCAGAACCAAGUGAACAGGCAUCAGAAACCACACCUCCACCAGCCCAAACGCCAGUCCAAACCAAACCGCUGGUGGUCGGCGGUGGUAAGCUGGUGCUGGCUCCAGGCAAACCGGUAUUACUCUCCACCCAGAACAUUCUCAACACAUCUGCACUAUUGCUGCAGCAGGGUGGCAAAACAGUGCUGCUACAAAACGUGAAACCCAUCGCCCAUCCAGUGCUGCCGCAACAGCAAGUGCAGCAGCAUGCUAUUGGCCAUCCGGUACAAGUUCAACAACCGGUACAACCUAUACAAACGGCGGUGGUACAACCUCAAGUGCAGCAGCAGCAACCACAACAACAGCAGCAGCAACCGCAAUUAUUGCCCCGUAGAGGACUCUCGUUAACACGCGAACAAAUGCUAGAAGCCCAAGACAUGUUCAGAAACGCAAAUCGCGUGACGCGACCAGAAAAAGCUCUCAUACUUGGCUUCAUGGCCGGCUCAAGAGACAACCCUUGCCCAAAUUUGGGCAAUAUCGUCACUAUCAAAUUAUCAGAGAAUAUCGAAAAUGUACUGCAGUCGGAUGACACCUACCUCACAAUGCUGUCAGAGAUGCACUUCCAGAUGAAUUAUAAUAAUGGCCAAUGGACGCGGCUUAAAAAGUACCGGCAUAUUGAUGGAAUGAUGCCACAAAAGAUUCCCCCGGGCUCCACUGUGAUAUCAGCCAACAACCAACAACCGGUUGUCUCCAUAGCCAACCAAAGUGUCGGCUAG